UUCGAGGACUUGACCGUGCUCUUCGGCUGGGACGUCAAGUCCUUGCGUCUCACUGCAAACCAGAAACGGUGCCAGGCUUUCCUUUCGGGAGGUAAACCCAAUGAAGCCCUUGAAGCACACAAUUUCAUGAUGGAUACCAUCGACGAAUCUGCCAAAGCCAGCUGCCUUGAUUGGUCCAAUGAAUUUAAGGAGCGAUGUAGUGCGCUCGCUGCACAUGAUGACCGUAUUCUUGGUGCGGAGAUCGCCGAGCAAGGUCAUGAUGGCUACGACAUAGGACCCAAUUUCUUCUAUGGAAUGCAUCAACAUUCUCAGAUUUCCAGGUCACGACCUCAACAGCGCCCUGGGCGUCUCAAAAGACUUAGGCUCGCUAUGACGAGAACCCCUCGUUCAGCUCCUCUACCUGUACCACCCACCACCACCACCACCACCACCACCUUCAAAACUUACUUACGAUACCUAUUCACCUGGCUGCCCCAUCAUGCAAUGCCGCCGGUUGUCGAUGUUCCUUUUGCGCAGGGUCGACAGCGUAAUGCUGCAGCGGGUGCUCCUGGGAGUGAGCACUCUUUGAUACGUGAUGAAGACUAUCAUGAACCUCCUACACCGGACCCCAAUUCACGGCAGCAAAAGCAAACGGUAGCAGUUCAGGCAGACACCGGGCAACACGGAGGCGGCCGGCCGUAUUGCUGUUGCUAGCAUUGGUGAAUGUGCGGGGGUAUUUCAGUUCUAUUGUCGCUUCGU